AUGCCAAACCGGCCAAAGUUGGACCAAUUUGAUAUCCGGCAUGUAGAUCGUCGGGAGCUAUACACAGACUUCAGGAAGCGUAUUGCAUACCUCAAGGCCUUUUUGAAUUUGGUGGACGAUGAUAUUAUUGUCUUCAACAAAGGGGCCAAGUACCUGAAGAGCGCGAUUCCAGACCUCACGCAUCGUCUGUACAGCAAAAUGCUCGAGUUCGACAUCACUGCCCGCGCGCUACGGACCCGCAACACCGCCUGCCAUGCGCAUGUGGAGGACCUAUUCACGAUUGACAGUCCCCACGUGGAGCGGCGCAAGAUCUUCUGGAAAUGGUAUUUGACUCGGCUGUGCAAUGACCCGAGCCAGAUGGAGUACUGGGAGUACUUGGAGAAGGUAGGGAGGAUGCAUACUGGUAAAGAACUGCUGCACCCCUUGAACAUCGAAUACAUUCAUAUGAACGCCUGCCUACGAUACGUUGAAGACUUGUUGAUCGAAUGGAUCUCCCUCCAUCCGGAGAUGACCGUUCGCUUCAAAUUCGCCCUGAUCCGCGCCGUGAACAAGAUCAUGUGCAUCCAGAACGACUUGAUCUCGAAAUGCUACAUUCCCGCAGGGCAGGAGUAUGAAGAA